AUUGUCUAUGAUUACUUUGAAUUGUCAGUAAGGAGGUUUUCAUUCAACUUAGAAAUAAAUACUAAAAAAUGUCGAAAAGGAUCGCUCAGAGCUCCGUUAACUGGGCGGCUUUAGCCGAGAGGGUCCCGCCGCAGCAGAAAGGCAACCUUGCUGCUUUCAAAGUCAAGUCCGAUGGCUACCUCCGAAGGGUAUUGGCGAACCCUGCUGAGCCACCAAAGAUCGACUGGGCGGUCUACAAGCAGACCAUCCCCGUUGCAGGGAUGGUGGAUAACUUCCAGAAGCAAUAUGCUGCCUUGAAAGUUCCUUACCCUGCUGAUACAUUGACAUCUAAAGUAGACGCACAGUGGGGAGACGUCAAGAAAUCAAUUGAGGCUUUCAUACAGGAGUCCAAUGCUAAUAUAGCUAAAUUCCAAAAACAAAUAGAGGAGGUCAAGGCGACUCUACCAUACGAUCAGAUGACCAUGGAGGACUUCCGUGACGCUCACCCAGACAUCGCCAUAGACUCCAUCAACAAACCCACAUUCUGGCCUCACAAUGCUGAGGAGCAGCUGGACUACGUCGACCCGGAGAAGCAAAACGCGCCUGCACACUAAAAAGUGAUGUUCAAACCAAAUGACAGCUUCAUCUUGUAAACUGAAUUAUAAAAGUUAAUAUUCAUUGUUAUAAGAACAUAACACCUUGAAAUAUUUCAUAGCUGUGAAUUAUUGUAUAAUUUAUCAUGUAGGAAUAAAGUCAAAAGUUUCUGUGA